UAAGAGAAUAAAGAAGAAAGUCACACGCUCAGCUGAGCUCAGAGACCGCCAUUUUUCUCGAAAUUCAAGGAUAGAGCUUUCUCUCUCCUCAAAAUUUUCUCUCAACAGAGCGGAAGUGAGAGAGAGAGAGAGAGAGAGAGAGAAGAAGAAGAAGAAGAAGAUAAAAUGGAUUUCUCGGAACUGAGAGAGACGAUCGAGGAGGCAGAGCUAGUAGACGCUCACGCCCACAAUAUCGUCGCUGCGAACUCAACCUUCCCUUUCAUCAACGGCUUCUCGGAAGCCCACGGCGAUGCCUUGUCUCUCGCUCCCCAUUCUCUCUCCUUCAAGAGAAAUUUGAAGGACAUAUCUGAACUCUAUGGAUGUGAGAAAUCCUUAAGUGGGGUUGAAGAAUUUCGCAGAGUCCAUGGAUUACAGUUAAUCAGCUUAACAUGCUUCAAAGCCACGAAAAUCUCUGCCAUUCUCAUUGAUGAUGGACUGACCUUGGACAAAAUGCAUGACAUAGAGUGGCAUAAAGCCUUUGCACCUUUUGUUGGCAGAAUAUUGAGAAUUGAACGUUUGGCUGAAACAAUUCUAGAUAAAGAAUUUCCUGGACGGUCUUCUUGGACUUUGGAUACAUUUACUGCGGUAUUUAUUGGAAAGUUGAAGUCAGUUGUUGGAGAGAUUUUUGGUUUGAAAAGCAUAGCUGCAUACCGCAGUGGUCUAGAAAUCAAUACAAACGUUUCGAGAAGAGAGGCUGAGGAAGGUCUUGCCGAGGUCUUACAAGCUGCCAAACCCGUCCGCAUAACAAAUAAAAAUUUUAUCGACUAUAUCUUCACACGUAGUUUGGAGGUCGCUCAACAGUUUGACUUGCCAAUGCAGAUACACACAGGUUUCGGAGACAAGGAUCUGGAUAUGAGGCUAUCCAAUCCCCUUCAUCUCCGGACUGUCCUUGAGGACAAGAGAUUUUUGGAAUGCCGUAUAGUUCUUUUGCAUGCAUCGUACCCGUUUUCUAGGGAAGCAUCUUAUUUAGCUUCUGUUUAUUCCCAGGUAUAUCUGGACAUUGGCUUGGCUGUUCCUAAGCUCAGCGUCCAUGGGAUGAUUUCCUCAGUCAAAGAACUCUUGGAACUUGCUCCAACGAAGAAGGUGAUGUUCAGCACUGAUGGCUAUGCGUUUCCUGAAACUUUCUACUUAGGUGCCAAAAAAGCACGUGAAGUCAUCUUUUCAGUCCUGCGUGAUGCUUGUGUUGAUGGAGAUCUCACUCUUCAUGAAGCUGUUGAAGCUGCCAAAGACAUCUUUUCGGAAAAUGCAGUCCGCUUUUACAAAAUUAAGUUACCAGUGAAGUCUUUUGGUUCAACAAAUAGCAUAUCUCCCAUUCCUGCUAAGAUUAAGAUUACUGCCCAAAGUGAUGUCUCGCUCGUUCGUGUUCUGUGGGUUGAUGCUUCAGGACAACACCGAUGUCGUGUUGUUCCAGCAGCACGCUUUCAGGAUGUUGUUGAAAAAAAUGGUGUUGGUUUGACAUUCGCUACAAUGGGAAUGACUUCAUUCACUGAUGGUCCGGCAGAUGAAACAAAUCUGACUGGAACUGGGGAGAUCAGAUUGAUGCCUGAUUUAUUAACCAGAAGGAGAAUUCCAUGGCAAACUCGAGAGGACAUGGUUCUGGCUGACAUGCAUCUUAGACCUGGUGAACCUUGGGAAUAUUGCCCAAGAGAGGCCUUAAGAAGGGUUUCAAAACUUCUAAAAGAAGAAUUUGACUUGGUAAUGAAUGCUGGAUUUGAGAAUGAGUUUUUCCUGUUGAAAAGCGUACUGAGAGAAGGGAAAGAAGAAUGGAUGCCUUUUGACUCAACUCCCUACAGCUCUACAUCUGCAUAUGACGCUGCUUCUCCUAUAUUCCAAGAAGUUGUUUCUACCAUGCAUUCCUUGAAUAUUCCUGUGGAACAGUUACAUGCAGAAGCUGGUAAAGGUCAAUUUGAGUUGGCGCUGGGGCACGCAACUUGCACUCAUGCGGCUGAUAACCUGAUUUUCACUCGCGAAGUUAUAAGGGCCAUUGCAAGGAAACAUGGGUUAUUGGCUACUUUCAUGCCCAAGUAUUCAUUGGAAGAUAUUGGUUCCGGUUCCCAUGUUCAUCUCAGUUUGUGGCAGGACGGAAAAAAUGUUUUCAUGGGAUCCUCUCGGCAUGGAAUGUCCAAAGUUGGGGAGGAAUUCAUGGCUGGUGUUUUGCAUCAUCUUCCCGCGAUUUUGGCAUUUACAGCACCACUUCCAAACAGCUACGAUCGCAUCCAACCGAAUACAUGGAGUGGAGCAUACCAAUGCUGGGGAAAAGAGAACAGAGAAGCCCCAUUGAGAACUGCAUGUCCACCUGGAAUAUCAGAUGGUUAUGUCAGCAACUUUGAGAUUAAAUCAUUUGAUGGAUGUGCAAAUCCACACUUGGGCUUGGCUGCAGUACUUGCUGCUGGAAUUGAUGGGCUUAGGAGACAUCUUACUCUUCCAGAACCUGUUGAUGCAAAUCCUUCUAGUCUCGAUGCAGAACUUCAAAGGUUGCCAAGAUCACUUUCAGAAUCUUUAGGAGCUCUCAAGGAAGACGCUGUCAUAACAGAGCUAAUCGGCAAAAAGUUAUUGGUUGCCAUCAAAGGGAUCCGCAAGGAGAGUAUUUCGCUUCCUUCAUUACAAACAUGAGGUUUUCAAGCAUGUCAUAGAUUGAGUGUGAAGAAGGGUGAGCUUUAUCAGCAAACAUAGAAACAAUGAUUGGUGCUGUUGAUGCUAAUCCAACUGCACCCUGGUUCGUUCCUCAAGCCUCUUUCUUUCAUCGUUGUUCUUACUUCAGCCACAACAUCCCAUUGCUUUGGAAGAAGCAUACACAUUCGACAGCGAAAUGAAAUUUGCGGAUUUUCAGGUUCUAGUUCGAUAAGGCAUCUAUAAACUAGAUCUUGCAUCUUAGAAUUCCCAUGUACAACAGAAGCAGUGACAAGAGCCCCACAAACACUUUGGUCCAGGAUUUACAGGCAUGUUUUUUGAUAAAAUUCAGUGCCUGAUCAAGUUGCCCCGACCUCCCGAGCAUAUCAACAACACAAGCACAAAUCUCGACUGUAGGUUUUGAUUCCAUAUUUAUUAAUUACUGAGGUAUGGAUAUUAAGGCCUUCACCAACCAAACCUGACCUGCCACAAGCAGAAAGGAGCCGGACGAGAGUUAUCGCGUCUGGUCUUAUUCGUUCAAGAACCAUCUUAUCAUACAUUGAAAUUGCUUCAUUUCCCCUUCCAUGUAAUCCA